UUCCACCAGUUUUCCAGAGGUUCAGUCUUCGGCGAGCCUUGGUUGAGCCGGUUCCGGACAAGAAAAAAUGUUACAGUGAGUGUCAAGUGCGAUGUACGAGAAAAUACGACGCCCGUCGGGGCGCAGCUUGAGGAUUUGUCUGUUCGCCUUUAUUUGGGGGAUAUCCGUUACACAAGGUCUCAAAUGUGGACACCCCGCAGUUCCUAUUAAUUCAAGGAUAACACUUUCAUCAGAUUCUUUAAAACCUGGUACCGUUGUAACAUAUAUAUGCGAUGACGGAUACGAAUUAUUCGGUUCGCAAACGAGGACUUGCUCGCAGACGGGCACUUGGCAAGAGGAGCUACCGUUCUGUGGAACCAACGUUGCCCUGAGACGGCCGGCAAAUCAGUCGACGUCCAUACGAGGAGGGUGGGCGGACAACGCGAACGACGGUGACAAAACUACCGUCCACGAUGGUAAAAAGUGCACGGAAACUAUGAAAGAAGUGUCGCCCUGGUGGCAGGUCGACCUCCUCCGGCCCUACCCGAUCAAAGUCGUCAGGAUCACGACGAGAGGCUGUUGCGGCCAGCAGCCUUUGCAGGAUCUGGAAAUCCGGGUCGGCAACAGCAGUUCAGAUCUUCAGAGGAAUCCGCUGUGCGCCUGGUAUCCCGGAACUUUGGAGGAAGGAGUGACGAAGGCGUUUACUUGCGCCAGGACUCUCGUAGGUCAGCACGUCUUCAUACAAUUAGUAGGCGUAGAAGGAUCACUUUCCCUCUGCGAAGUCGAAAUUUUCACAACUGCAGAGUUCUCUAAUGAUCGGUGUGCAUCAUCAGGAGUUGGUUCUGAAGUUGAAUUUGUCGCCUUCGAUCGAAUGUGCUACGAGUUUAAUGUUGGUAAAGGUGGAUCUUUUCAAGAAGCACGAUCGAACUGCCGACGCCAGUCCGGAGGAGACUUGGCCCAUGGUUUCAGGGGUGUGCACAACACAUUUCUCCUGUCUGAACUGGAAAGGAGGAAGUCGAAUUUGAGGACACACCUCGUCUGGAUCGGAGCGCAAAAAGAGCCAGGAUACAUUCACAGAACGUGGAAAUGGGUCAAUGGUGAAGUGAUUUCAAAACCGGCAUGGGGUAAAGAUCAGCCGAAUAAUUACAAUGGAGAACAAAACUGUAUAGUUUUGGAUGGAGCUAACAACUGGCAGUGGAAUGAUGUUGGAUGUAAUUUAGAUUAUUUGCACUGGAUUUGCCAACACAAACCACCUGUUUGCGGAAGUCCCGACAAGAACCUCAAUACAACUAUUAUCGGAAAAGACUACAAUAUUAAUUCUACAAUCAAAUAUGAAUGCCCAGAGGGUCACAUGUUGGUCGGUUCUUCUGAGCGUACGUGUACACAAGCCGGCUUCUGGUCCGGUGAACCGCCGAACUGUAAAUACGUCGACUGUGGAGAUAUCGGAGGUGUAGAGCACGGCACUGUUGAAUUAGUCGAUAAAAGAACAUCCUUCGGUGCGGAGGCGGUAUACACUUGCGACAAAAAUUACACACUCGUCGGUGAAAGUAAAAGACAGUGUGGGGAUUCCGGUGUUUGGACUGGACAACAACCUCAGUGCUUAUUCGAUUGGUGUCCGGAUCCUCCUCAAGGUGAGGGAACAACAGUCGUCGUCUCAGGAACAAAAACAGGCUCCUCAGCGACUUACUCGUGUAAACCUGGUUUUAUACUCUUUGGGCAAAUGGUGCUCACAUGCGGACUUGGAGGAAUUUGGUCAGGGAAAGCCCCGACUUGUAAAUACGUGGACUGCCGAGAUCCAUUAAACAUCGAUAAUGGUAGAUUCACACUCUUGAACGGAACGACAACUCAUGGAAGUAUGGUGGAGUACACGUGCGAUGCCGACCACUGGUUGGAGCCACCGGACAGAAGCAUUUUGACCUGUAUGAGAGACGCCAAGUGGUCGAGUGAUCCACCGUCUUGCGAAUUAAUUACAUGCCCAGAACCGGAAAUACCCGAAGAUGGAUAUGUCGUUGGAUAUGACUUUAAUGUACAUUCGGCAAUUGAAUAUCAUUGCGAACCUGGGCAUAUUCUGAGGGGGAAAUCGACUCUUCAAUGCAAUACACAAGGCGAAUGGGAUGGAGAACCUCCAAACUGUGAAUAUAUCGAUUGCGGAAAAUUAUCUCCAAUUCCAUAUGGCACAUUCAGCUAUGUAAAUUCUACGACUUAUCUCGGAAGUGAAGUCUCGUACGGCUGUUCAAGAAAUUAUAAGUUAGUCGGACCCAGCCACAGAGUUUGUCAAGAAAACAAACAAUGGAGUGAAAACACUCCUCGUUGUGAAGAAAUCCGUUGUCCAGAGCCUAUCUUAGCUGAACAUGCCAUACUUUCCGUUACUGGAAAUGAUCGAUUGUAUGGAAGAACUCUGAUAAAAACUGCAGAAACGGCCAUGUCAUUUGCUACGUAUAAAAUCGGCGCACUUGUUAAAUAUAGGUGCGAAAGGGGGUACAAAAUUGAGGGCGAUCCUCUCAGCACUUGCGAAGAAAAUGGAAAAUGGAGUGGGAAAAUUCCAGAAUGUACUUUCGUUGACUGCAAAAUGCCUACUGCACCAGCCCAUGGAAAGUUCACACUUGCGUCAAACGUUACAUAUUACGGUGCUGUGGUUCUUUACGAGUGUGAAGAUAAUUUUCAACUGGACGGAUAUGCAAGAAGGCUCUGCCUCGACAACGGUACCUGGAGUGCUGAAACACCAACCUGCAAAGAGGUCGUAUGCAAAGAGCCGGAAAAAGAAGGCGGAGUUACGGUUCACGUUUCAACGUUCAGCAUCGGCGGUGUGGCCCAUUACUCCUGCCCCAAAGGCCACGACUUGCAAGGCAACGCGACAAGAAUCUGCCAAAAAAAGGGUACUUGGAGUGGAUACAUUCCCAACUGCAUCCCUGUGGAUUGUGGCAGACCUCCGACAAUUGAAAAUGGAAGAGUCAUCAUUAUGAACGACAGCACGACGUAUAAUAGCGGGGCUGAAUACCAUUGUAUACCUCAAUACCAAAGAAUAGGUCCAUUUCUCAGAAAAUGUAUGGACGAUGGAAAUUGGUCUGGCGAUGAACCAAGAUGUGAAAUGACUAUUAGUCCGACUAAUGAAUCGCAAACGCUAGGUCUUACAAUCGGAAUAGGGGCUGGAGUACUUUUAUUCCUACUACUCAUAUUGGGAAUAAUUUACCUGAGGAUACGAAAAGAAACACCAGUGAAAAAUACAGAGAACAUCGAAGGUGCCAUAAGAAAAGAGGACCAGAAUGCAGCAGUCAUGUCUUACUCUAACUUGAACGAUGGCCAAGGGAACAACAUAUACGAAAACAUACACGAACCCGAGAGCAUGUAUGAUUCGCCGUAUGAAGAGACGAGUCAUUACGAACCUUCGCCGGUCACUACUAGGAGUAAUCUCGGUGGAGCGACAGUCACUAUAAACGGAGUGGCUAUCCGAUGAUUACAACAAGCUCAAAUCUCAAAUUGAACUUUGAUGAUUUUUUUUUUUUAUGCAAUAAGUUUGUUGCAU